UCCUUAAUAGAAAAAGUGAGGGUAAUCAGUAGCACGGUUUCGCUUUUGUGUAAACGACCGUCCAUCAAGUUCCAAUCGAUUGCCAUAUGGGAAGUGGGUAACUGUAACAAGGACAGAAUUCAAUUCAGAGCGAUUGGCCUACAGCAACAAACCUUAAAGGGAUAGAAAUGAACUACAAUGUCCUGCUCGGUGCCAUGAUUAUGACAGUAUUAAGUUUAGUUGCUUCCACGACUCGCUUGAGUAGUGCAAAAGUGAUUGUCAAAGCUGUCCUGCUGCCAAGGCAAACCAACGCUACUAAACAGAUGUUAAAACUCUACCCUUGGAUAGAUAACAAUUGGGAUCUUAAAGAAACAGAAUUAUAUCUAGUAGAAGAAAUCACACAGUUAUGCUCUGACAAUACGACAAGAAAAGACAACCUCUCUAUUGCGUACACAAAGUUAUCCACCUUCGUCUUCCCACUCUCGCUGGCAUACUCGUAUGAAGAAACAAAAGGAAAUCAGCAUUCUCUGUUAGCAAAGGUCCUCAAGGAUACAAGCCAUUGGCUCAACAGUACCUACCUGGCGAUAUAUCAUAAUGUUUCGGGAUUGCCCUUGCUCCCUCCUCAGCAAAAGACAGAGAGAGAGCUAGACGAUUAUACUAGAGUAUUUCUAAAUGCCCUCGUCAAUAGCAACCAUGUGAGCUUGACGAUUACUGAUGACGUGGUUAAGACCUAUCGAAACUAUGCUAUCCUUUACACAUUGAAAGAUGUCAUCGUCGACGUUCUGUCUUGUUUAAUUUAAUAGAAAAUUAUGCUCCAGAAACCAUACUACCUCCGAUAUUUCAAUGUAUGCAUUAAAUUGUGAGACUGGUCGCAUUUUGAGAUUUCAAAAAGAAACAAAGGACACCACCAUUUCGAAUCUUUCUCGAGAAUCUGGGCUCGUUCCUUUCUUCCAUCUCUCAAUGGUCUGCUUGAAUAAUAGGAAGCUACACAAAACGGCUUUCUAAACUCGAAUAUCGAUUAUCUUUUUUAUUUAUCCAUUUUUUUUUCGGUAUUCAGAGCAUCAGCUGACCAUGAACAGCGUCGCGUGUGCGACCAGGUUACUCAUUUGUUUUCAAAAUGGCGGCGCCCGUUCGUCGAAUGUUUAGAGCGUUUAAGGACAAUUUGCGACGGGUUAGGUUACUCUCUGAAAUCUUAAAAUGCGGUAACUGAUAUGAUUUCUGGAGCAUACUCCUCCUAUUUAUCUAGUAAGACGAAUGACCACAUCGCCUUCUAUAGAGUAGAAGCGCGCUAAUUAUCUUUACUAUUUAUCACCAAAACAUAGAUAAAAAAAAAGUUACUUAAGAAAAAAGGUAAAGUGUGUAAAAUGAAAAUGUUAUUUAUAAAUAUACAAAUACUUCAAAAGUUAUUUAUAGCUAGAUACUAUAGUUAAACUAUAAGACAGAAGAUGCUAUGCAUAGCCAUAUUGGCAAAGACAGUUUUCAACACGCCUCUCGUUGAUCUAACUCUUAGUUAAUCGAUCGAUCCUUGAGCCCUUGAUUACUAGACAGUUUCAGCAAACAGUUAUGUCUGCUGAGGAUUUUGUUGAACUAUAGUUAAUAAUGUGCUGUAAUGGUUGUGAAACCCGGCAGAAUAUUGAUGUUGUAUGGUUUUGUCUAGGUAUUGUAAACUGGUCGAGCUAACAUCCAAUACAAUUCCAAUCACGCUGAAAUUACUUAAUACUUAGAACUUCUCAUAAAUGUAUUCUAGUUGCGUCAGACAACUUGAAUACAUUUUACUAAUCUUAAAGUAUUUCUUGGCUUAUUUAGGGUUUUCUGAAUCUAGGUUGGAAAAUUCUUGAUUCUGUCCCUGUAUUUAUUCACACUGUGUGAACACGAAGACCAAGAUCCUCUGUUCUGAGUGAGAUCCCAGCAUAACCUGCGACACUGUUUUUCUUUUUCUUCUCCCAUUUUUGCCGGCUUUCAUAACCAUUCAACUCUACCAAGUACGGUUUAAUCGCUAUCCAACAAUGGACUAUUUAAAAAUACAUGGUUAAAUUCCUAACUUAUUGUUUCAGUUGUAAUUUAUACUAGAUAUCUGGAACAUGUUAUCAAAAUUAAAGAAGGAUAUUCUAUUUUUGAAAAUAAGUGACGGUGUAGUUGUAGAAUUGUUACACAUGGCGUUUUCGUAAUAUACUUGUACAUGACCGAGUUUGUAACUGUCCGAGACAGUGAAGGGAUAAACAAUACUCUAAAACAAUAUUGAAAUGACUCAUACUUGUUUUAUAAAGUCUUCAUAGGAACUUGAAAGCCACAUUAACGAAAGAAAUCU